CGGCGGCGCUGGACGCGGAGGCACUGGGCGCACGGCGCGCAGCCGGCCGGAGCUCGAGGCCGGCGGCGGCGGGAGAGCGGCCCGGGCGGCCUCGUAGCGGGGCCCCGGAUCGCCAAGUGGCGGCCGGAGCCGCGAAAAGAGAUUCUCAGCGCUGAUUUUGAGAUGAUGGGCUUCGGAAACGGGCGUCGCAGCAUGAAGUCUCCGCCCCUCGUGCUGGCCGCCCUGGUGGCCUGCAUCAUCGUCUUGGGCUUCAACUACUGGAUUGCGAGCUCCCGGAGCGUGGACCUCCAGACACGGAUCAUGGAGCUGGAAGGCAGGGUCCGCAGGGCGGCUGCGGAGAGAGGCGCCGUGGAGCUGAAGAAGAACGAGUUCCAGGGAGAGCUGGAGAAGCAGCGGGAGCAGCUUGACAAAAUCCAGUCCAGCCACAACUUCCAGCUGGAGAGCGUCAACAAGCUGUACCAGGACGAAAAGGCGGUUUUGGUGAAUAACAUCACCACAGGUGAGAGGCUCAUCCGAGUGCUGCAAGACCAGGUAAAGACCCUGCAGAGGAAUUACGGCAGGCUGCAGCAGGAUGUCCUCCAGUUUCAGAAGAACCAGACCAACCUGGAGAGGAAGUUCUCCUACGACCUGAGCCAGUGCAUCAAUCAGAUGAAGGAGGUGAAGGAACAGUGUGAGGAGCGAAUAGAAGAGGUCACCAAAAAGGGGAAUGAAGCUGUAGCUUCCAGAGACCUGAGUGAAAACAACGACCAGAGACAGCAGCUCCAAGCCCUCAGCGAGCCUCAGCCCAGGCUGCAGGCAGCAGGCCUGCCACGCACAGAGGUGCCACAAGGGAAGGGAAACGUGCUUGGUAACAGCAAGUCCCAGACACCAGCCCCCAGUUCCAAAGUGGUUUUGGAUUCAAAGAGACAAGUUGAGAAAGAGGAAACCAAUGAGAUCCAGGUGGUGAAUGAGGAGGAGCCUCAGAGGGACAGGCUGGGGCUGCCGCAGGAGCCAGGCCGGGAGCAGGUGGUGGAAGACAGACCUGUAGGUGGAAGAGGCUUCGGGGGAGCCAGAGAACUGGGCCAGACCCCACAGGUGCAGGCUGCCCUGUCAGUGAGCCAGGAAAAUCCAGAGAUGGAGGGCCCUGAGCGAGACCAGCUUGUCAUCCCCGACGGACAGGAGGAGGAGCAGGAAGCUGCCGGGGAAGGGAGAAACCAGCAGAAACUGAGAGAUGACGACUACAACAUGGAUGAAAAUGAAGCGGAAUCUGAGACAGACAAGCAAGCAGCCCUGGCAGGGAAUGACAGAAACAUAGAUGAUGGAGUCUCACUCUGUUGCCCAGGCUGGAGUGCAGUAGUGCGAUCUCGGCUCACUGCAACCUCUGCCUCCCGGGUUCAACCGAUUCUCCGGCUUCAGCCUCCCGAGCAGCUGAGAUUAGAGGCGCGCACCACCACGUCCAGCUAAUAUUUGUAUUUUUAUUAGAGACGGGGUUUCACCAUAUUGGCCAGGAUGGUCUCCAUCUCCUGACCUCAUGAUCCGCCUGCCUUGGCCUCCCAAAGUGCUGGGUGGCGUAAGCCACCACGUCUGGCUAACAAUGCCUUCUUUUAUUACCAUCUGGGCAAUGCACUAUUCAUUUAAUGUUUUAAUACUUACUUUUUUUUUACCUUUUCAUUUUGAAAUAAUCUAGACUUCUUUAAAAAGCAAAAAAUUUCUGUAUACCCUUCACCCAGGUUCCCCAAAUGUUAACAUCUUAUAUAACCACAGUAAAAUUACCAAAAUAAGGAAAUUAAUGUUUGUACAAUGCUAUUAUCUAAUCUGUAGACUUUGUUGAAAUUUAGUGAGUGUCCAAUUCAUGUCUUUUUUUCUGGUUCAGGAUUAUACGCUGCAUUUAUUGUCAGACCUCUUUAGUGUUCUUUAUCGUGGAGCAGUUUAUCAUUUAUGUUGUUGGUCUUUUUUGAAGGGUAGUGGCUCAGUUAUUUGGUUGAAAGUCCCUCAAUCUGUGCUUGUCUGAUUUUUCAACAAUGUCCCCCUAAAAAUUAUCUUUUAUAUUUCUCCAGGAUGUCAGUUGUUUCAGUUGGCAGAGUUGUUUGGAAUUUUUAGAAUCCAAGUCCUAAUUUGAAUUUUCAGCUGUCUUCGUUUAGGCAAUUUUUUAAAAAGGCAAAUGGCAAAAUACACUAGCAGCCAGACUUUGAAGCAAAUACAAACUCUCUGUUGUCAUUGACUCCACUCAUUUAUGUUCUUGAGCAUGUUUCACGGUCUGGUCUUACCAGACAGUGGUCUUACCUCUAUUCUAACUUUUUUUUUUUUUUUUUUUGAGACAGAGUCUCACUCUUUUUGCCCAGGCUGGAGUGCAAUGGCACAGUCCUGGCUCACUGCAACCUCCACCUCCUGGGUUUAAGUGAUUCUCCUGCCUCAGCCUCCUGAGUAGCUGGGAGCUGGGAUUACAGGCUCAUGCCACCAUGCCCAGCUAAUUUUGUAUUUUCAGUACAGACAGAGUUUCACCAUGUCCACUAGGCUGGUCUCGAUAUCCUGACCUCAGGUGAUCUGCCUGCCUCAGCCUCCCAAAGUGUUGGGAUUACAGGUGUGAGCCACCACCCUGGCUCUAACAACCUUUUAAAUUGGGCCUAGUUUCCUACUAAAUGAUUGGCUUUGCAGUGAAGCCUUUUUGGAUCUCUCAUUCCCUACACUCAGGUGUCCUAAGGACUUCACCUUGUGCAAGGUUUUAAACAAAGUAAGUAGGUAAGGUAAAGAAAAUGAGUGCCUUGUCAGCUCUUUGAAGAAGCUGAAGAAAUGUCAACAUCAGCUUCAACAUUAUUUUAAGAUUGUGUCAUUGAAAUAGUGAGACCUUACUUGCUCCUGGGAAAUUAGAAGAAAAAAGCAUUAGCUCCAACUUUAUUAGAGCCUUUAACAGAUACCAUUAAUUUAAUAUGGCAGUUAUUUAAUGGUCAUUAAGCUACCAUUUAAUGUGCCAUAGUUAUAAAUCAAGACCGUGGUUUUAUUUGUGAUGUGCCUUUUUAUGUUUUCUGUGUGUUAAAGGAUAGAGUAAGACCAGAUGGUAGAAGCUACAUACAGGCAUCAGCUCUGUAAAGGGAGAGCUUUGGAGUCACAAGAGCUGUCUGAAGCUGUGGACAGCUCUCAGGAGGCAGCGUGUGCCAUUAGAAGUGCAGUAGCAAGGGAGUCUCGCCACACAGGAGCGUGUUGAUUAUAUUUAAAAUGUCAUGAGUGCACUUGAUACUGUCCAUUUUCUAUGGCAUAUGGGGCAUUAUGUCACUGUUACAAACAAGUAUGGAAUCUUUAGGUGCUUCAGCUUUGUUUCAUGGCACAUUGUUGGUCAUCCAUUUGGACACUUUGAAAGGGGAGGAGUUCCAGCUGGGCGCGGUGGCUCACGCUUGUAAUCCCAGCACUUUGGGAGGCUGAGGCGGGCGGAUCACAAGGUCAGGAGAUCAAGAUCAUCCUGGCUAACAGGGUGAAAACCCGCCUCUACUAAAAAUACAACAACAAAAAGAAAUCAGCCGGGCGUGGUGGCGGGCGCCUGUAGUCCCAGCUACUCGGGAAGCUUAGGCGGGAGAAUGGCGUGAACCCCGGAGGUGGAGCUUGUAGUGAGCUGAGAUCGCACGACUGCACUCCAGCCUGGGUGAUAGAGCCAGACUCCGUCUCAAAAAAAAAAAAAAAAAAGUUCCCUUAUCCCCUUCACAGGGCAUGCAAUGGGGGUAUGGCUGUCUUCUUCAGUGCCCCACAGCUCAAACCCCUAGGGGAAGCAUGCAGACGGGCAGGUUGUGGGGAGGAUGGGUUCCAACCCCGCCGGCAGCAUCUAGGGUUGAGUGGUUACAGCUCCUGGAGCCCCAUUGGGUGUGUGUUGCAGUGCGUUCUUUCAGCUUAGCUGUCCACAGGCGGCUUGUGUUAAUCAGUUCAAUUAGACCCUCUGCCUUAUCGCAAGGACAGAGGGCUUUCUGUAUCCCAGGUUCUUGCCCUAGUGUACUGAAAAAAUCAGAUCAUGUGGGCUUGGAGAAUGAAUGCAAGAUUUAUUGAGUGGUGGAAGUAGCUCUCAGCAGAUGGCUGGGGAGCCAGAAGGGGGAUAGCAUGGGAAGGUAGUCUUCCUCUGGAGUCUGGCUGCUCAGCAUCCGGGAUCUCCUCCUACUGUCCUUGGCCGAAUUUCCCUUGGCGUCCGAAUCGUUCCACCAUCAAUGGCCUGCCAGCGUCUUUCGAUGUGUUCUUCUGCCAGUGUGUUCCUCUCGAUGUCCAGCCGCUUGUGUGUGUGCGCCCGCUGGGGUCUCAGGGUUUUUAUAGGCACAGAAUGGGUGGCAUGGCAAGCCAGAGUGGUCUUGGAAAAUGCAACAUUUGGGCAAGAAGACAGGAGUCCUUGUUCUCAUUAGGUCCAUGGGCACAGGCCUGAGGGUGGAGCCCUUGCCAGUGACCCUGCCCUUCUCUACCCAGCACUUCCCUGUCCCCCUCCCAUAUCACCGUUGCCAUCUUGUCCUUGAUGAGGAAUACAACUCCCAAUUACAGUGUUGCUGUGGGAGAUACAGUCCUCUUUAUGACAGUUUCUAGAAAUUGAUAAGAAAAUGGGACCUGCCUAGGGCUAGUAUCUCAUUUAAUACGCUAUAGAAUAUUAUGUUUUUCUUUUUAGUUUUUAAUGUUGAAGAUCAGAAAAGAGACACCAUAAAUUUACUUGAUCAGCGUGAAAAGCGGAAUCAUACACUCUGAAUUGAAUUGGAAUCACAUAAUUCACAACAGGGCCGAAGAGAUGACUAUAAAAUGUUCAUGAGAGACUGAAUACUGAAAACUGUGAAAUGUACUAAAUAAAAUGUAUAUCUAAAGAUGAUUAUUGUGAAAUUUUAGUAUGUACUUUGUGUAGGAAAAAAUGGAAUGGUCUUUUAAACAGCUUUUGGGGGGUACUUUGGAAGUGUCUAAUAAGGUGUCACAAUUUUUGGUAGUAGGUAUUUCAUGAGAAGUUCAACACCAAAAAUGGAACAUAGUUCUCCUUCAAGUGUUGGCGACAGUGGGGCUUCCUGAUUCUGGAAUAUAACUUUGUGUAAAUUAACAGCCACCUAUAGAAGAGUCCAUCUGCUGUGAAGGAGAGACAGAGAACUCUGGGUUCCGUCUGGCGUCCUCCUGUCCACGUGCUGUGCCAAGUGCUGGUGCCAGCCUGUUACCUGUUCUCACUGAAAGACUGACUGGCUAAUGCUCUUGUGUAGUCACUUCUGAUUCUGACAAUCAAUCAAUGGCCUAGAGCACUGACUGUUAACACAAACGUCACUAGCAAAGUAGCAACAGCUUUAAGUCUAAAUACAAAGCUGUUCUGUGUGAGAAUUUUUAAAAAGGCUACUUGUAUAAUAACCCUUAUCAUUUUUAAUGUACAAAACGCUAUUAAGUGGCUUAGAAUUUGAACAUUUGUGGUCUGUAUUUACUUUGCUUCGUGUGUGGGCAAAGCAACAUCUUCCCUAAAUAUAUAUUACCAAGAAAAGCAAGAAGCAGAUGAGGUUUUAGCAACAUCUUCCCUAAAUAUAUAUUACCAAGAAAAGCAAGAAGCAGAUUAGGUUUUUGACAAAACAAACAGGCCAAAAGGGGGCUGACCUGGAGCAGAGCAUGGUGAGAGGCAAGGCAUGAGAGGGCAAGUUUGUUGGGGACAGAUCUGUGCCUACUUUAUUACUGGAGUAAAAGAAAACAAAGUUCAUUGAUGUCGAAGGAUAUAUACAGUGUUAGAAAUUAGGACUGUUUAGAAAAACAGGAAUACAAUGGUUGUUUUUAUCAUAGUGUACACAUUUAGCUUGUGGUAAAUGACUCACAAAACUGAUUUUAAAAUCAAGUUAAUGUGAAUUUUGAAAAUUACUACUUAAUCCUAAUUCACAAUAACAAUGGCAUUAAGGUUUGACUUGAGUUGGUUCUUAGUAUUAUUUAUGGUAAAUAGGCUUUUACCACUUGCAAAUAACUGGCCACAUCAUUAAUGACCGACUUCCCAGUAAGGCUCUCUAAGGGGUAAGUAGGAGGAUCCACAGGAUUUGAGAUGCUAAGGCCCCAGAGAUCGUUUGAUCCAACCCUCUUAUUUUCAGAGGGGAAAAAUGGGGCCUAGAAGUUACAGAGCAUCUAGCUGGUGCGCUGGCACCCCUGGCCUCACACAGACUCCCGAGUAGCUGGGACUACAGGCACACAGUCACUGAAGCAGGCCCUGUAUGCAGUUCACGUUGCCACCUCCAACUUAAACAUUCUUCAUAUCUGAUGUCCUUAGUCACUAAGGUUAAACUUUCCCACCCAGAAAAGGCAACUUAGAUAAAAUAGAGUACUUUCAUACUCUUCUAAGUCCUCUUCCAACCUCACUUUGAGUCCUCCUUGGGGUUGAUUGAUUGAUUGAUAGGAAUUUUCUCUUGCUUUCUCAAUAAAGUCUCUAUUCAUCUCAUGUUUAAUUUGUACGCAUAGAAUUGCUGAGAAAUAAAAUGUUCUGUUCAACUUUUAAAA